UCUUCUGGCAAACUAAGUGGACGCUUUGCGCAUGCGUGGUGCUAACUUCGAAAGACACAUAGAAAUCAAGUUGUACAAAGAUUUUGCUGCAACAGAUAGUGAGACACACUUCUCUAUAUAAUAGUUUUCAAAAUCCGCAUCGUUUGAAAAAUCAGUCGCGUGUAGCAGGCGGGUUGGUUAAAAACAAAAAAAACAGAAAUACAAAAACGCGUAUAGACUUUGUGGUUUGCGUGCGAAUUGUGAAAGCUAAAGACGACGGUAUCGCCCCACAACAAUGUUGUUGCUGCGAAAGACUGUAUUACUGCUCGCGCUGCUCUGUGUGAACGUCUCCUUCACCCGUUCGGCGAGCCAACAGCAGGAUGAUUCAAAUCCACUGCUCGAUAUGGCCUCUAUGUUCAUACAGGAAGCGUUGAACAGCCAAACGGGUAGUGCAGGUUCCGACGCGGCUGGUGGCGUUGGCGGUGGCGCUGGUUUAGCUGGUGUGGCGUCACUCAUAGGCAAUUUAAUGCAGGCAAAUGCUGGCGGCGCCGGUCAAGGAAAGGCAUCUGCUUCUGGCGCCAUGCAAAUCUUAUCCGGCAUCGGUAGUCUGCUGGCUACUGCUGGACAAAAUGGAGCACGCUCUGGUGCUGGCGGUAGCGGUGGUGGUUUCGAUCCAGCGCUAAUCGGCAAUGUACUGGAAAUGUUUACCAACAGCGACGCGGAUUCAGAUGAUGGCGGUGCUGGAGCGCGCAGUAAUAGCGGCAGUGAGUCGGGUAUUGGUCUGGAUUCCAUUCUACAGAUUGCCUCGGUUUUUAUGAAUGCCAACAAUGGUGGUGGUAAACAACAGCCGCAGCCGCAUCAUCACCAACAGCGCCGUUCGGUACAUAAUAAUGUGCGCGAGAAUGAGGUUGACGGGGAUUCGGAGGAAAAUGGCGGUUUUAUGAGCCUUUUGCCAUUGGUCAUGCAGGCGGUCACUUCAUUUGCUGGUCCCGAGGGGCAACACACACAAGAGAAACACAAAGGCCACGCAUGGGUGCUGCCACCAUUCUUGGAGCACUUGCACGUGGUAUGGGAUCACUUCUCAAAUUCGGAACUUGCCGAUGCACUGUACGAAAAGUCGGGUGUCAAUAAGAUAAUGAAGGGCUUCAAGAGUCGUGAUGGCAAAUUGGAUUAUGACAAACUCUUCGAUUCGCUGAAUAAUCAAUCGUUCCGCAGGCGUUGGAUUAAGUCGGCGACAUUGUACUUGGCCGAUUGGGCGAGCUAUUUGGCGAAUCCGGAGGUUUAUCUGAAAUAUAUCCAAACGGCACAACUGAUGUUCAACGGCUUUCUCAAAUCUCAAGGUUAUCCAAAGAGCACAUACUUCGAUCCCAGUCGCGCCAGUGAGACCAUCUCAAAUCUCUUCGAUCAUGUGGCCAAACAUCAUCUCAACGUGAAGAUCGACUCGCGUCAAUAUGUGAAACCGGCUGUUGGCUAUGCUAAAGAAUUGCUGAAACUGGGUCAAGCGCGAGGCCUGUUGCAGUUUAAUGCUACCGAAUUGAGUGACAAACUCACAGACACACUCAAUUUGGAGGUCAUUGAACCCGUGCUCAAAGUACAUCGUGCCUACCGAUUCAUCUCCAAAUCGCCACAAUGUGACCGUUACGUGCUCUGUGAAUUGAAUUCUCCCGAACAAGAUGCGGCUGGCAAUGCGCGUGGACUUAUUUCCGGUGUUAGUCCGAAAAUCGUGAAAAUCGGCAGCAUGGGAGCUGCCAUAUUCAUUAGCACCGAAACUGGCACACCGUUCUGGACAUUGUUUGGCGUCAUAAAUGCGCCCUACCAAUGUGAGGCCAAAUAUCCAGUUGAUUGCAGUGGCUUCCAUGAGGGCGAGGCCAAAGUGACCACUGAAUAUAUGCACAAUGAGUUGUGAGAACGCGGUUUGCUCGUGUGCGCUGAAUACGAAGUUGUCUUUUGGGAAAACUGACAGCAACAGAGAAAGAAAGUAAGAAAGAAAAAAAAAACCAACCAACAACAGACGAGCUGUGGAUGUGAUGUUGAUCUGCAAGCGGCGAUCGGUAUGGUGGAAAUGAUUGCGGCUGCAUAUUUUUAAUUAAUCUUAGUUAGCUUUUAGUUGUAUUUUAAGCUUAAAAUUAGCAGUUACUAAGAUAUUUGUGACUAAUAAAUGUCCAAAAUUAUGAUACAAAAACA